AUGAGGGCCAUCAAAGCGGAGGGUCGUGGAGGCCAUCAAAGCGGAGGGUCGUGGAGGUCAUCAAAGUGGAGGGUCGUGAAGGCCAUCAAAGCGGAGGGUCGUGGGGGUCAUCAAAGCGGAGGGUCGUGUGGCUCAUCAAAGCGGAGGGUCGUGGAGGUGAAGGUCAUCAAAGUGGAGGGUCGUGGCGGUGAGGUCAUCAAAGCGGAGGGUCGUGACGGUGAGGUCAUCAAAGCGGAGGGUCGUGAAGGCCAUCAAAGCGGAGGGUCGUGGCGGCCAUCAAAGCGGAGGGUCGUGGCGGUGAGGUCAUCAAAGCAGAGGGUCGUGAAGGUGAAGGCCAUCAAAGCGGAGGGUCGUGGCGGUGAGGUCAUCAAAGCGGAGGGUCGUGAAGGUGAAGGCCAUCAAAGCAGAGGGUCGUGGAGGUCAUCAAAGCGGAGGGUCGUGGAGGUCAUCAAAGCGGAGGGUCGUGGCGGUGAGGUCAUCAAAGCGGAGGGUCGUGGAGGUGAAGGUCAUCAAAGCGGAGGGCCAUCAGCGGAGGGUCGUGGCUGUGUCACUACAGGUCAAAUACCUGUGACUGGCAAAGGAGCGAAGACGGGAAAGGAACCAAAGAGUAAAAGCCAGAGGGGCCUUUUGAAGUUCAUCCCAGCCGAGGGCCAGAGAAGGAGGUGGCAGCCGAGGGCCAGAGAAGGAGGUGGCAGCCGAGGGCCAGAGAAGGAGGUGGCAGCCGAGGGCCAGAGAAGGAGGUGCCAGCCCGAGUGCCUAAGAAGGAGGUGCCAGCCGAGGGCCAGAGAAGGAGGUGGCAGCCGAGGGCCAGAGAAGGAGGUGCCAGCCGAGGGCCAGAGAAGGAGGUGCCAGCCGAGGGCCAGAGAAGGAGGUGCCAGCCGAGGGCCAGAGAAGGAGGUGCCAGCCGAGGGCCAGAGAAGGAGGUGGCAGCCCGAGGGCCAGAGAAGGAGGUGGCAGCCGAGGGCCAGAGAAGGAGGUGCCAGCCGAGGGCCAGAGAAGGAGGUGGCAGCCCGAGGGCCAGAGAAGGAGGUGGCAGCCCGAGGGCCAGAGAAGGAGGUGGCAGGCCGAGGGCCAGAGAAGGAGGUGGCAGCCCGAGGGCCAGAGAAGGAGGUGGCAGCCCGAGGGCCAGAGAAGGAGGUGCCAGCCGAGGGCCAGAGAAGGAGGUGCCAGCCCGAGGGCCAGAGAAGGAGGUGGCAGCCGAGGGCCAGAGGAGGAGAUGGCAGCCGAGGGCCAGAGAAGGAGGUGGCAGCCGAGGGCCAGAGAAGGAGGUGGCAGCCGAGGGCCAGAGAAGGAGGUGCCAACCGAGGGCCAGAGAAGGAGGUGCCAGCCGAGGGCCAGAGAAGGAGGUGCCAGCCGAGGGCCAGAGAAGGAGGUGCCAGCCCGAGGCUGUGAUUGUGUCAAGCUCAUCCCAGCUGCAGGUGUCCUGGGCUAGGUAGCCAGACCUAACCCAGAGAUGCUCCAGACCAACAACAACUCGCUGGUCCUGCUGACCUAUGACCUGUGUGUCAACUCCUUAAGUGAGCUGCUCAGGGCAGCGCCCGUCAUCCAGCUAGUGCUGUUCAUCAUCUAGGACAUAGCCUGGCUGUUCGACGUGAUCAUCAUUCUGCUGAUGAUGUUUAACACGUCCGUGUUCCAGGUCGGUCUGGUCGCUCUGCUACUGGAGAGGUUUAAAGGCUUACUGAUGCUGUGUGCCAUCUACCUCACCCUCAGCAUCUCCUUUCACUGCUCGGUAGUGAGCCUGAGAUGGCUGGAGUCCAACAGUUUGACCUGGACAAACGGCCUACAGGUUCUCUCUGUCUUCCAGAGGGUUGGUAUGUUUGAAGAGAAAGACCUGCUCUCAGUACCACUUAGGUUUAUUCAGCUGUACUUUUUUGAAGCUUGAUAAGUGGUUGCUUCUUUUCACAAGCCUACUUAACUGACAAACAUGUUUGUUAACUUUGUGACGCGUCUUAGGCAUUAGCACUGGCAAAUGGUUGCUUUUACACUGCUCAAAAAAAUAAAGGGAACACUUAAAACAACACAAUGUAACUCCAAGUCAAUCACACUUCUGUGAAAUCAAACUGUCCAAUUAGGAAGCAACACUGAUUGACAAUAAAUUUCACAUGCUGUUGUGCAAAUGGAAUAGACAACAGGUGGAAAUUAUAGGCAAUUAGCAAGACACCCCCAAUAAAGGAGUGAUUCUGCAGGUGGUGACCACAGACCACUUCUCAGUUCCUAUGCUUCCUGGCUGAUGUUUUGGUCACUUUUGAAUGCUGGCGGUGCUCUCACUCUAGUGGUAGCAUGAGACGGAGUCUACAACCCACACAAGUGGCUCAGGUAGUGCAGUUCAUCCAGGAUGGCACAUCAAUGCGAGCUGUGGCAAAAAGGUUUGCUGUGUCUGUCAGCGUAGUGUCCAGAGCAUGGAGGCGCUACCAGGAGACAGACCAGUACAUCAGGAGACGUGGAGGAGGCCGUAGGAGGGCAACAACCCAGCAGCAGGA